CUCCUCCUCCUGCACUACUCUUCAUCACAAGAUACUUUUCGUCUUCUCUCUUUAUUUAUUUUGUUGGAAACUACCAUCUGUAUUGAAAGCCUUCAUUUAAGCACAGUCCCUUUAGCUCUCUCAGUGCUAUUAUAUAAAGUGAAAUAAGUCAUUCCAUGAGAAUACAGUAUUUGCAGAAACUUGAGUUUAAAUCAAUAAUGGGUGAGAAAAACAGACAAAUAGGACACUACUCUAGCUCUCAAAAGAUCUUGUUGGUUGGAGAGGGAGACUUCUCAUUUUCUGCUUGUUUGGCUCGAGCUUUUCGCUCUGCCGCAAACAUGGUGGCUACCACUCUUGAAUCUGAAGAUACUUUAUGGACGGAACAUUGGAGCAGUGAGGCACAUUUGGAAGAGUUGGAGAGAAGAGGAUGCUUGGUGUUAUAUGAAGUUGAUGUGUAUGAAAUGCACCAGCAUCCCACCCUUAUGCGCAUGAAGUUUGAUAUUAUCAUCUUCAACUUUCCUCAUGCAGGCCAUUACUCUUGGCUAUGCGAAAGAGACGAUGAGCUCAUACAAAUGCACAGGGAUUUGUUGAAAGCAUUCUUCAAAAGUGCCCGUGGGAUGCUCAGCAAAGGUGGGGAAGUUCAUGUUUCACACAGGGAUGACUACCCCUACGAUCAAUGGAAGUUAAAGGAGCUUGCAGAGAAGGCCGGCCUGGUUCUGAAAGAGAAAGUGUGGUUCGAAAAGUCGAACUACCCUGGUUACCACAACAAGAGAGGAGGAGGCAUCCAGAGCAACAAAAAGUUUCCUCUCAAUGAAUGCUACACCUUCAAAUUUUCUCUGAAACAUGAAACUUCUCAUGAAUUAAAGCCUGCUUGCAACCAAACAACUAGCACUCUAAGUGAUGAUAUAUCAGAUGCUUUAAAUAGUAUGCAUUUGAAGUAAAAGGCAUGCAAGAACAAUUGCGGAUCUAGGAUUCUCGGGUGGAGGGGGUUACAAUGUAAAAGCUUCGAAAAUUUUUUAGAAGAAAAUAACAUUAAAAAAAAACUGAAAAAUAGUACUUUCCAUCCAAACUUCAAUUGUACACUAUGAGUUUUCUUUUAAAAACAUUGCAUUAUAGCUUCAUAAAUCAUUUAUUUUUUAAUAAUUUUA